UUUAUCGAUUCAAUAGUGAAUUGUUGCGUCAAAUUGUUCGAUAUAUUCACAUUAUAAGUGAACUGAAGGGAGUUGGAUUCAAGUAAUUACAUGCUCAGGAAUGCAUGCAUUGGCUUAAAAGAAACAUCAUCCCACUGUGAAUGCUGGACGAGACCGGGAAAUGGGUGGAGAGAUUACACAACCGGCAACAAAUGGCGUUUCUCAAGGACCUAGUGCUAAUUCGAAGAAUGCCAUUGAUGGAACCAAUCAUUUGAUGGCAUCACCAGCGAACGACAAUCUAAACAGUGAGAAUGAAGUUGCCAGCAAUUCAGAUGGUUUACCUAUAUCACAGAAAUCCAGUGAUUUACUUAGCAAACAUUUUCAAAUCAAGCGGUGGGACGCAUGUGCAUGCUGGUCUUGGGAUGUUGUGCAUGAUACGUGCGUAAUAUGUCGUAAUGUAUUGAUGAGUUUAUGUAUCCACUGUCAGGCAAAAGUUGGCUCCAGUCCUAUGAAUGAGAGUUGUCUUGUUGCAUGGGGCGCUUGUAAUCAUGCUUAUCAUGUGCACUGCAUAAAACGGUGGCUUGAAACAAGUCCUCAACAUCGUUGUCCAUUGGACAACAGAGAAUGGGAAUUCAGUCAAAUUGGUGAGUAGUUUGUUCAGCUAUUCCGAAGAGUAAAGUCCAAAGUACAGUUGCAAGAAAGUAUAACCCUUUUCUUAAAUAAAUAUUCCAGCUGAAUAGAAUGAAUAUGAAAUAGAAAAACAAAACGGUGACGGAACUGUUUCUUGGACGGAAAAAAUUGAAACAGCGGAAUGUUGAAUAGCCUGAAAAUUAUUCUGCAGUGUAAUCUUUUAUUUUCAUAUUAAUCAUAUCAUUUUCUUUUUCAAAUUUAAUAGUAGAAAAACAAAAUCAGGGAAAUAUACAAAUAUUUCUUUCA